AGGGAAGAAGUGGGGUGAUGAGCGAAGUUCAUAAAUCCUGCGGGCGUUAGCGGGAGGUGGGCGGUCGGUGGGCUGGUGAGUGACACGGCGCCGAUCUUCGGUCCUCAAGGCAGAACUUGGCGCGGGUUUUGUCUGGAGCACUGGUGGCGGGGAUGGCAGAGAAGGGACCACGGGCUGCCUUUCCGGGAUUUCCUUCCCGCUGCGGAGAAAGCUUAGUACAGAGCUCUGAUUAAAGAUGACUUCUAUAUUCACUCAAGAAAUUCGCCUUUCUAAAAGACAUGAAGAAAUAGUAUCACAAAGACUAAUGUUGCUUCAAAAAAUGGCGAGAAAGUUUGGCGGUCAAAACACAGAAAAGGCACCUCAGGUGCAAGCUGCUGAGACUGCUUUCAAAAGAAAUCGUAGUCUUUUAAAGGAUAUAGAAACAGCCGAAAAGUCACUGCAGACCAGGAUUCACCCACUUCCACGGCCUGAGGUGGUUUCUCUUGAGACUCGUUACUGGGCAUCAGUAGAAGAAUAUAUUCCCAAAUGGGAACAGUUUCUUUUAGGAAGAGCACCAUAUCCUGUUGGUGUUGAAAGUCAAAAAGAAGCAGAAAAAAACAUUCAGAAUGAAGCAGAGUGAUAACUUCUUCACGUGCUGUUCCAGAAAACUUGCUUAAUAAAGCUGAAUGUUAAAGAGUAUGUAGGUAACCGGGAGGUCUUUUAGGAAUGUUUAUGUUCCUACUGUUUCAUUACCUCCUACAUGACAAUGCAGAUAUGGAAAUCUACUGGGAAAUCUCAGGUUAUCAGUUACUUGUGUUUCAAAGUCAUGAAUUUCUUCUCUACCAAACCCAAGGAAGAAUAAAACUGAUAUUAAAAGGUAAUAGAAAUACUAUUCCCUACUCCUAUUUUAAAAAAAGAAAACUCUGCACUUUAUUAAGUAAGCUUCAAAUCAGUGUUGUGUGUAUUGUUUAAAACUUCAUUUACAAUCAUUCUCAUCUCAACAGUUCUAUGAUUGUCAGUUUAAGUUUUCUGGAAUCUUUACUUUUCAGUUGUUUUAUUAUGGGGACAAGGUACAGUACCAGAGGGGUUGUCUGCUUAAUAUUGCAGUUCCUUGUGACAAAUGAAGACUGGCUUUAGUCUGAUCAUGUUUAUCAGGAAAUAGGUACCUAACACGCAUGCCUCACACACCAACAAACCUUCAAAAGCUCUGGCGGUGGCCAGCAGUGAACUGUAAUGCAUCUGAUAAGUAGCCAGUUGAGGGAAGGCACAGACUUUGUACUGGAAUAGGAGACCUAUUACAACUGGUGACAGUUAUUGGAUUUUGACAUGGUUAUUUAGGGAUUGGCAACCUGGUGAAUGCAAAUAACCUCAUUCUCAUUUUUUCAUCUUUAAACUUACCCUUCUUUCACUCUCCUGUUUUCAUUAUGUCUGAAAAAAAAAAAGUGUCAGAAAGCUUUGGGUCACAACCCUAAGCAGCUCUGAGCUUCCUCAGUCUCCCACUGCUUGAGCACUUUGGGGAGAUAAAGCACCUCUGCUUUUCUAGCUAUAGAGACAGCUUCUGCUGCCCGAGGGUGUCAUGCUAUCUCCCAGUCCCAUGUUUGAAUCCAAGUGAUUUGUGUUCUGCAAAGAAGACAAUAGGACAAGCUAAACACACACACCAAAUAAGCUACAUCGCAGCGUUCACUGGGCUGUGAGUUCCUCUGAACUACCCUCUUGGAAAUACCCUGUGGAGUGGGUGCUGGUGUGGGUAACAAUAAUGUUGUUUUCAUAAUAUGUGCUGGCAGAUUAGCACACUUCUCUACAGUGUUAACAGUUGUAAUUAAGGAAUAAACAGCACAGGGUGUCAGUCCGAUGACAAUUUCAUCUAUAGUGUCACAAUACAAAAUGUCACAAAAUAUUAGAACUGUUAUAUAACCAUAAAAAGUAUCAGCUUAAAAGCUGCAAGCCUUUUCAAACAAGAAGACAGAGAAAGGAAGAAAAAAAAAAAAAGCUGGCAUAGCGGCCAGAACAAUUUUAAUACCUUCUCAAGCAUGUUCUGUCAUGAACAUAAAUUGAUAAGUUUUUUUUCUGUUACAUUACAGUUUGGUUUCUAGCCAUCCAGUUGAUUUAGCAGGAGAAUGCAGGUUUUCUUAGCAGCUUUGAAUUGGUAAACAGAUUUAGAUGUACUAGAAAGGAACAUGAGGAAGUUUUUUUUUUUAACAUCCAAUCUUUCCCAGCAUAUGCACAUAAGAAGGUGAAUGAAGCAAUGUGAAACUUAUUUCUCUUUAGUCAAGUGAAAAAAAGGCUAAACAUUUGUUAGAUGGUAAAAUAUUGUGUCAAGCAAGUAGGCACAUUCCAAAAUUAAACAGUGGUUGAUACGUUAACGUCCUCAAAUAUUUGAGCGUACACUUCCUUUGAGAUCUGUAAAUUAAAUCACCAGUAGGUUAGAUUAAAAUACAAAAUGAAUGGCAAUUUCACCAUCUCGGGAAAGAUUGGGUUUUCCUCCCCUAAACUGACUAAUGCUAAAUAGUUUUUUUAGAAAACAGCGUACGGUUAAUACAUCCUGGGUUAACAUUCAGGGCAGAAGGGAAGGUAUUUCUAGCUUUCAGCUGUACCAUUUUUCCUAUUUUACUUAAUACCUCAAAAAUUCCCAGAGAUGACUUUAUUCCUGGCCCCUGCCGAGCUCCCCCCACCCCUUGUAGACUAUAACAGAUUGCACCACAUGGUGUCUGUUUAAAAAAAAAAAAAAAUCCCACAGGGACCUGGAUAUCCCAUUAAAAGGCUUUAUAUUCCUUACGGCAAAUUAGCUUUACAUAAGAAUUUCUAAAUAAUGUUUUCUGUGAGGAAGGAAGGAAUAGUAUAUAUAUUUUUCUACAAUUUGUAAGAACCACACAAGGAAGAAAAAGUCAUCCACUUAUACAUUUCCAGCAGUAAUUCAGUGUCCUUACCAGAGGCUACACUGUAUUUACUCUUCUCCAUGAAAACUGUAAAUUUGUGGGGGAUUUUUAAUAGUGAAAUCUUGAAAAUCAAAGGCAUUCAAAGGCUUUUUUUUCCCAGAGACCUUCUUGGAUUGUUGCACAUGUAUAAAUAUUCAAAGCUCAUUUCUGCUCAAACACUCCUGGGACAUGAAAUUAUUAAACUGUAAGAAGCUAAAGAAAAGAGAAGGAGCUGUCGUUUCUCUCCAAACUCAAUAAAUAAACCUUCAGGAGUCAGAAACAGGCCUAAGCCUUGGGGAAGCAGACAUUGGUCUUUGUCCUGGGCAGGGAACAUGGGAACCCAAGUAUAGAUGGACCCUGUCUCUGCGCAUUAUGCACAAGGUGUCUGAAAUUGUCACUUUCUCUGAAAUUUGGCCUUCUACAUAUCCCCCUUUUUCCAUCAAA